UAUAUAUAUACGACGAUGAUACAGGGUUUCUUUUCGUCAUCAUCCUUAGCCAUGAGUUCUGUCAUGGACUUUCUUUCUACUCCUUUACCUCCCAUAGCAAUAAGCUUAUCAGUAAUUUUAGCUAUACUUGUGAUCAUAUCCCAUGCUAGAAGAUUGGGCACUGAGGACAAAAAGAGAUACCAUCCUGUUGUGACAACCUUCUUAAACGUCCUGAUCAACUUCUCCAGGCUACACGAUUACAUGACUGAGUUAGCAUGCAAACACAAAACUUAUCGGGUGCUUAACUUGUUCACAAAUUUUGUUUUCACCACAGAUCCUGCAAAUGUGGAAUAUAUCCUCAAAACAAACUUUGCAAACUAUGGCAGGGGGUUGGACCUCUACAACAUUUUGUCAGAUGGUUUGGGUAGUGGGAUCUUCGCCGUGGAUGGCGAAAAAUGGGUACAUCUAAGGAAGGUAGCAAGCAGUGAAUUAUCAACCAAAGCAGUGAGAGACUUCAGCGGUGCUGUUUUCAAAAGCAAUGGUGUAAAACUUGCUCGGAUAAUUUCUGAAGCUGCAACCUCCGACCAAGCAAUAGACAUCCAAAAUUUGUUUAUGAAAGCAGCCUUAGAUUCAAUCGUCAAGGUUCUCCUUGGUAUCGAAGUAGACACCAUGUAUGGGACAAAUGAAGAAGCUACCCGGUUUUCCAAUGCUUUUGAUGUACUAAAUGAGCUGACCUUGUAUCGUUGCGUUGAUUUCUCCUGGAAGAUUAAAAAGUUGUUAGACAUUGGAUCAGAAGCCAUGCUAAGGAAGAAUUUAAAAGUGGUAGAUGAGUUUGUUUAUAACUUAAUCAAAAGCAAGACUGAAACAGUUGCAAAUUCAGGAGAUGAUCCACAUUUGAAGAGAAGAGACAUUGUUUCGAGGCUUUUGGAAUCGAGGGAGACUGAUCCAAAGUACUUGAGAGACAUGAUCUUCAGUUUGGUUGUUGCCGGAAAAGACACAACGGCUAGCACUCUUUCAUGGUUUAUUUAUAUGAUCUGCAAGCAUCCUCAUAUACAGGAAAAGAUUGCACAGGAACUUAGAGAAGCAACAAAUGUGAAGGAUAAUUCAAGCAUUGAUGAGCUUGCCGACAACCUUACUGAAGAAGCCCUUGACAAAAUGCAAUAUCUGGUUGCAGCUUUGACUGAGACAACCAGGCUCUACCCUGCAGUUCCAUUGAAUGCGAAGAUUUGUUCAUGUGACGAUACUUGGCCAGAUGGAUUUAGUGUAAAAAAAGGGGAUAUGGUGGGAUACCACGCUUAUGGCAUGGGGAGGAUGAAAUUUCUAUGGGGUGAUGAUGCAGAAGAAUUUCGGCCAGAGAGAUGGCUUGAUGAAAAUGGUCUUUUCCAACAAGAAAGCCCUUUCAAAUUCAUAGCCUUCAGUGCCGGUCCAAGGAUUUGUCUGGGGAAGGACUUUGCUCAUAGAGAGACGAUGAUGUUUUCUGCUGUACUUGUUGGCAGCUACAUAUUCAAGCUGAGGGAUGAGAACAAAGUGGCCAACUACAAGACCAAGAUCACCCACCAUAUCGAGGGAGGCCUUUAUGUGCAAGCGUCUCCAAGAUUUGCGCAUGCAAUGCAAGACCUUAAUUAGAUAUAUGUAUGCCUUAAACUUCCAGUACUUUUUCUAUAUAUUUAUUGUAUUGCUUCUUAAUUAUCAUAACAAAAGAAGCAGCCUAUAGUUGGUUCAUUACGUAUUUGAUGACACAAAUGCGUUCUGCUGUAAGCAUUACUGUUCUGCAUUGGACCAACCUUAUCACUAUAUUAUGAAUAAUUGCUCGAUCUCCAAUAAAAUUAAUUAUCUUC